AUGCCUCUUGUCGCACAAAACCCUCUGCCGCGUCUCAUCCUUGGAUGCAUGACGUUUGGACCCAGCGAGUCCAAGGGUGCCCGGAUUACUUCGGUCGAUGAGUACAAGCGGUGCCUGGACUACUUCCAGCAGCAGGGGUUCAGUGAAAUCGACACUGCACGAACCUACGUCGGUGGAGAGCAGGAAGCUUUCACAGCUCAGACGGGCUGGAAGGAACGCGGGCUGAGUCUCGCUACUAAGUUUUAUCCACAACAGCCUGGCGCCCACAAGCCUGCUGUCUUACGCGAGAACCUCGAGCUCUCGUUGAAGGAAUUGAACACAAACCAGGUGGAAAUUUUCUACCUCCACGCUCCGGAUCGCUCAGUUCCUUUUGCUGAGACUCUGGAAGAGGUUAAUAAGCUACACAAGGAGGGCAAAUUUAUUCAACUGGGUCUUAGCAACUACACUUCCUUUGAGGUGGCUGAAAUUGCCACUCUCUGCGCCGAGAGGGGCUGGGUGCGCCCCACUAUUUACCAGGCCAUGUACAAUGCCAUAACCCGUAAUAUCGAAACUGAGCUUAUCCACGCCUGCAGGCACUACGGCCUCGACAUCGUUAUCUACAACCCUCUCGCUGGAGGCUUGUUCUCUGGCAAGUAUAAAAUUGAUGAUAAGCCUUCCGAAGGCCGCUACAGCGACAGUGCUUCCACGGGACAAAACUACCGUCAACGCUACUUCCGGGAUACAAACUUCGAGGCUUUGAGCAUCAUUGAGCCUGUUGUUAAAAAGCACGGAUUGACUUUGCUGGAGACUGCCUUGCGUUGGGUUCACCACCAUUCAGCCCUUAACAUCGGCAAUGGGGGUCGAGACGGUAUCCUGGUUGGUGUGAGUAGCUAUGCGCAGUUGGAAGCGAAUCUCCGGGAUUUGCAAAAGGGCCCUCUCCCCGAGGAAGUGGUGGAGGCUCUGGAUAAGGCCUGGUUGGUUGCCAAGCCAUAUUCCGCGGACUAUUGGCAUCUUGAAUUGAAGUACACUUAUGAUACCCAGGAGGCCUUGUCCAAGCCGAAAGCUUGA